AGAUUUGGGGUAAUGACGAAACAAAAGUCUGACAGGUUUUUACUUAGAUCUACUUUUCCCCUCGAAACGCGCGAAAGAAAACCUGGCACACCCGGUGCGUCCCUGUCAACGCGGGAAGCUUCAGUUGAGUUCAGAGUUCACAGUUCAUACGGACGACUGGGAUUGUUGACAAGAAAAGUGUUCUCAAAAACCAUCAUUUUUUCUCGUCUUCAUCUUUGAGUUAUCGUUCUGGUGAUUUUAACACAUCCUGGAAAAUAAUCAGCUUUCAUAAUGGAUGACACUUCAAUGGAAAAUUUCCAGAAAAUCGAAAAAAUUGGCGAAGGAACGUAUGGAGUUGUGUACAAGGCGCGAGACAAAGUGACCGGCAAACACGUUGCCAUGAAAAAGAUCCGGCUGGAUGCAGAGAGUGAAGGUGUGCCAAGUACAGCAAUCAGGGAGAUUUCUUUACUAAAAGAACUCGACCAUCCUAAUGUAGUCAGACUGCUCGAUGUGAUUCAUUGUGAACUGAAACUCUAUCUGGCGUUUGAGUACCUCAGCAAAGACUUGAAAAAAUACAUGGACUCCCUACCUACCUCAGAGCACCUGCAUCCAGCCUUGAUCAAGAGUUAUAUGUAUCAACUCCUGAACGGCAUCAGUUUCUGCCAUUCACACCGAGUCCUGCAUCGAGACUUGAAGCCACAGAACCUGCUGAUAGACAUGGAGGGCAACAUUAAGCUGGCAGACUUUGGCCUUGCCCGCGCUUUUGGUGUGCCCGUCAGGACGUAUACGCAUGAGGUUGUGACACUGUGGUACAGAGCUCCAGAGAUUUUGCUUGGCAGUCGGUUCUACUCAACACCAGUAGAUGUCUGGAGUCUUGGUUGUAUCUUUGUUGAAAUGGUUCGUCGACAGGCCUUGUUUCCAGGAGAUUCUGAAAUUGAUCAACUCUUCCGCAUAUUCCGAACUUUGGGUACCCCUGAUGAGACCACGUGGCCCGGUGUGACGAGUCUGCCUGACUACAAGUCUUCCUUCCCCAAGUGGCCUAUCAAAGAGGCCAAGGGACUGGUACCCAGGUUGUGUGAAGAUGGAGCCAACCUGUUAGAGAGAAUGCUGGUUUAUGAGCCCAGUAAAAGAAUUUCAGCCAAGUCUGCUCUGCAAGACCCGUACUUCACUGACGUGUGUCUGCAAACUCCAGUGGGGGACAGUUCAAGUUCGAGCAGACGUGGAGGAGACAGUUUUAAGUAGCCCUACAAAAAAGACUCGUUAAGAGUCGUCAAAGACAUUUUUAUGGGAUGCAAAGCCAAUGAUCUUUCUUGCUGCUGUGUUCAAGUUACAUUGAUGAUCACAUAUUAUGCCUAGCCUAAUACUGGACUUGAUGAAAGGGUGCGGUACGGAAGUCGCUGACUGAAAGAACACUGUGAUGGUGCCAGGAUUGUACAUGUGCUUCACUUAUUUUUUUCUUUUUUUGUGUGUGUGUGAAUCUCAAUUUACUUUGUUACCGUAUUUUGUUAUUCUGUAGAAAAUCAGGAUGAGGAUUAGUAUUUCUUCCCUUCGAUCAGAUCUUUUAUUUAUUUUUUUUUCAUGGAGAUAUCUCCUCUUUUCUUUGUAGAGUUUAGGCGCCUCACCAUGGCAUGCAUAUCACCUGAGUUCUCUUCCUGUUUGCUGAUAUUGUCUGUCUUUCUGAUCUUGAGUUGUAUCUUUCUGGGUUGUCUUUGACAGGCAGUGUUGAAGACCACAGCCUGGUGUCGAUGGGGGAGGAGGGAGAAUCAUAUUCAAAUGUACAGUCUACAGCAGCUAGUUAACUUGGUUUUAAAAAAAAUUGUAGUGAACAAUGAUAGAGAAUAUGUGUUGGGCACGUUGGUCUGGUAUUGCCAAGUAAAGUUAACUCAUUCGGGAUGCGGGUUUUGGACCAGCUUUGCACACAGAGACGCGCACUUUUGGGCCAAUUUUGAAAGUCUGCCAUUUUUUUCCCUUUUGGUAUUUUCAAAGUCUGUUUUCACUAUCUAAACAUUCAACUUUUGGAAUUUGCCUUAAAUCUAACCCAAUUUGCCUGGAUAUGUUCCUAAACUUGCCAGGACCCCUACAAAAAUGGUGUAUGAGACCCAAAAAAAAAUAAAAAAA